AUGAGGGGGACCCCCAGCUCCCUGGACACCCUGCUGUGGGUCUACCACUUCCACAGCUCCACGCAGGUGGCCCUCCAGCCCCCGCUUCUGUCUUCCCUGGAACUCGCUGCAGCCGCAGCCCAUGACUAUCUGGAGCAGAGGUUCAGAGAGCUGAAGUCCCUGGAGCCGCAGAAGCCCGAGAAACCGUCCUCCCCGAAGCCCACACUGGGGCUGGUGCUAAGAGAAGCCGCGGCCAGCAUCAUGAGCUUCGGGACCACCUUGUUAGAGAUCUCAGCCCUGUGGCUGCAGCAGGAGGCGCGGCGUCUAGACGGCGGCGACGGCAGCCCUGGCCCAGCCGCAGAGGCCGGGGAUCCGGGUGGCGCACUGGCCCGGGUAGCCCAGGCCGCCGGGCAGGGGGCUUGGCAAGCUGGGGUUGCGGCGGGGGCGAGCGCACGACUCCUCGCCCAGGGGGCGUGGCUGUGCCUGUGUGGACGGGGUCUGCAGGGGUCCGCCUCAUUCCUGCAACAGUGGCGACGGCAGCUGGGCUUCGGCAUCCCCGGGGAGUCGGUGAGCUCGGGAUGGAGGAGACACUCGGGAGACCUCAAGGUGGCGUCCAGCAGCAGUGCGGAGGACGGGGGACCAGAGAAUCCAUAA